AUGGUGAUUGUCGUGGCAGCGGCUGUGGUGGUCAACGCGACGGGCAACUUUGGGCAUGCCCGCAACUUUGCUCUGUUCAAGGAGACGUACAAGCGGCAGUACGCAAGCAGCAAGGCUGAGGCAGCAGCGUUUGAGGUGUUUAAGACGAACGCGGAGAAGGCUGCCAAGCUGGAAGCUGCCAACAAGGCAGCGGGCGGCGAUGCCAAGUUUGGCAUGUCGCCGUUCAUGGAUCUGACGGAGAAUGAGUUCAAGGCGCGGUACCUGAUGCCCAAGGGUGCGGUUGAGGGCGGCGCUGCGGAGCUGCCUGUCCUUCGUGCCAGCAACGUGGGCGCACUGCCCAAGGCGUACGACUGGCGCGACCACAAGCCUGCGGUGAUCACGCCUGUGAAGAACCAGGGCCAGUGCGGGUCGUGCUGGGCAUUCUCUGCCGUCUCCGAGGUCGAGUCGAUGUGGGCCCUGGCUGGACACGAGCUGGUGGUGCUCUCCGAGCAGCAGGUUGUUGACUGCGACACUACGGACGACGGAUGCAAUGGUGGCGACACCAUUUCGGCGUACCACUACAUCGAGAAGGCCGGCGGGCUUGUGCCGGAGAAGGACUACCCGUACACGGCGCGCGACGGCAAGUGCAAGGACUCGGUGGUGAAGAAGGACGCAGUGGCAAAGAUUAUGGGCUACAACUACGCGACCUCGCCGAGCACCAAGAACGAGACGCAGCUGGCGGCCAACCUCAUGUCGACCGGCCCGGUCUCGAUCUGCGUCGACGCCUCGUCGUGGCAGACGUACACCUCGGGCAUUCUCUCGCACUGCGGCAAGCAGCUGGACCACUGCGUUCAGAUCACCGGGUGGGGCACGUCGGGCUCGGAGAUGUACUGGUGGGUCCGCAACUCGUGGGCCACCUCGUGGGGCAUGAGCGGGUACAUCCAGCUCAAGUUUGGCCAGAACACUUGCGGACUCGCCGACGAGGCCACCAUUGUCACCAUCAACACGCCCGGCACCCACACGUCGGGCACGUCGUCGGGCAGCUCGUCGUCGGGCGGCUCGUCGUCGGGAUCGACCGGCUACACCUCGUCGGGCUCGGGCUCGUCGUCGUCCGACGUUGGCUCGUACUCGGGCUACUCAUCGUAUGGCGCCGACCGCGUGGCCAAGCCGGACUACACCUCGUCGUCGUCGACCUCCAGCCUUUAACCCGUAACGGUACGGUCAUUCGGACGCGUUGUCGCGCGUCUCAAAGUGAACAACUCGAUGAUACUUGACUUCCAGGUCACCGGCCGACGCUGCGCGACGCCUGCUUGGCCUGCGGCUUGAGGUGGGAGGCGCGCCCGCACGUGAUGGCGCCGACAUGUAGACGCCUGCCUGAAGGAUGCCCGAGUUGCCGUCGCAGUGACGACCCCGACGACCGGGAAGGAGAGCAUGCCAGAGUUGAACACAGCGGCCAGACG